UUCCCAACUCGGCAGCUCCAAUCCCAACUCGGCAACUCCAAACCCUCUAAUUUUCUUCUUCCAUCUCCAUCCUUCUGUUCGCCAUAACGAAUCUCACCAAAGAGCGUGACCUCACUUGAUCUCUUAUGGCUGCUGCAUCCACUACUUCCAUCACUCAUCUCCCUGACGUUAUUCUCUCUAACAUUUUCGCUUCCAUCUCCGAUACACGCUCGCGUAACUCCCUCUCUUUAGUCAGCCGCAAGUUUCAUUUGCUUGAGAGGAUUACGCGCACAUCUCUCACGCUCCGAGGCAACGCUCGAUACCUCCACUUCAUCCCUCACGCUUUCAGAUCCGUCGUUAACUUAGACCUUUCUCUUCUCUCGCCGUGGGGUCACUCCCUUCUUUCUUCGUCUUCGCCGUCUGAUCUCUUGUUGGCUCACCUUUUACGUCAGGCUUUUCCCUCCGUCACGUCUCUUACUCUCUACUGCCGAUCACCCACUACCCUCCAGAUUUUACUUCCUCAGUGGCCUGGAUUGAGCCACGUCAAGUUAGUCCGUUGGCAUCAACGCCCUCAGGUCGAUAUCGGAGCUGAUUUUUAUCCUUUAUUUGAGCAAUGUAAAUCACUUACCUCUCUUGAUGUUUCCACUUUCUAUUACUGGACAGAAGAUCUCCCUCCGGUUCUCCAAGCUUUUCCGAAUGUAUCAGCAAAUCUCACGCACUUGAAUCUUCUCACGACGUCGUUUUCAGAAGGUUUUAAGUCGCGGGAGAUUCAAGAUAUCACCGCCGCCUGUCCGAAUCUGAACAAGUUUUUAGUUGCUUGUAUGUUCGAUCCGAGGUACAUUGGUUUCGUUGGCGACGAAACUUUAUUGGCUAUCACAACGAAUUGUCCUAAACUGUCGCUUCUCCACUUAACCGACACAUCGUCCUUGGCUAAUCUGAGAGGAGAUCCAGAAAGCGAUGGUUUUACUUCCGAGGACGCAAGAAUCAGCCGUGAGACUCUGAUACAGCUUUUCAGUGGCUUACCUUCGCUUGAAGAUUUGGUUCUCGAUGUUUGUAAGAAUGUAAGAGAUAGUGGUUUUGCUUUCGAGGUGAUGAAGUCUAAGUGCCCGAAUCUAAAGGCGCUCAAGUUAGGCCAGUUUCAUGGGCUUUGUUUGGCCAUUGAUUCGCAGCUUGAUGGAGUUGCCUUGUGUGGACGGCUCGAGUCUUUGUCUAUAAAGAAUUGCGGAGACUUGACUGAUAUGGUCUUGAUAGCCAUCGGGAGAGGGUGUUGUAGAUUGGCUAAGCUUGAAGUUGAAGGGUGCAAGUUUAUUACAGUUCAGGGUUUGAGGACAGUGGCUUGUUUGCUUCGGAAGACUCUGGUUCAGGUGGGGAUUUCUUGUUGUAAAAACCUUGAUGCUGUGGCAUCUUGUAGAGCUUUGGAGCCGAUUCGUGAUCGUAUUCAAAAACUGCAUAUUGAUUGUGUGUGGAAUGGAGUGAAUGAUGAGGGUAGCUCCUCUAGAACCGAUACUAACAGAAGCAAGAAGAAACAGAAAUACUGUUUUGAUGAUGAAGAUGGGUCUUGGUGCAAGACAUGGGAAAGCUUGAAAAGCCUCUCAGUUUGGAUUGAAGUUGGUGAGCUUUUAUCUCCAUUGCCCAAGGUGGGUCUCGAUGAUUGUCCGAAUUUGGAGGAAAUUAUCAUAAAGGUGGAAGGCGAUACACGGAGAUUGUACAAGCCGUCGGAGAGUGCUUUCGGGUUGGGUUGUCUAGCAAUGUAUCCACGGCUUUUAAGGAUGAAACUAAAUUGUGGCGAAGCAAUUGGUUUUGCUCUGACGGCGCCAUCAGGGCAAAUGGAUUUGAACCUGUGGGAGAGAUUUUUCUUGAAGGGAAUUGGGGAAUUGAGACUAAAUGAGCUUGAUUAUUGGCCACCGCAAGACAGAGAUGUUAAUCACAGGAGUCUGUCGCUACCGGCCGUUGGAUUGCUUGCACAGUGUAGCACACUGAGGAAGCUGUUCAUCCAUGGGACGGCUCAUGAACAUUUCAUGAUGUUUCUUCCUGAAAUUCCGAAUCUAAGAGACGUCCAACUGCGAGAGGAUUAUUAUCCAGCACCAGACACCGAUAUGAGUACAGAGAUGAGAGCGGACUCCUGCUGUCGCUUCGAAGACGCGCUAAAUAGAAAACGCAUCGCUGAUUGACUCUUAAUAUUUAAUGGUCAGUGGUUGAUGCUCACCAUAAACUAGCAUCAAUCGUAUUGCUAAGCCGGCUUUCCCGUUUUUGUUUUGCCAAGCUUGUAAGAAUUUCAAACAGUAAAAAGAAAGCAAUGAUUGCCCAAAAAGGGUUAAAAGUGUUGGAUAUCACGAUAA